GGUGUUCCUCGAGUGAAUCAGUGACGGGAUUUUGAGCUGCUUAAAUAUUUGCGGAUAACUUCGUACAUUUUGUGGACUUUUUGUCAGUACUUCAUGAAUUGCGCAUGUCUUAGAUUAUGGCCUUCGUUGAUUGUUGGCGAUAUAGGUAUAGAUUCUGCAAGAUCCCCUCGUUCGGAGAGUACAUAAGGCCGUCUUUGUACAGUAGUUGAUUGCAAUCACACGCAGCUCAUCGGAAGAAGAAAGCAGACUCGUCGCAUCGUGAUUUUCGUGUCUCGGAUUCAAAUUUGAAAAGGAUUAUGUCUUGCUUCAGGGUCUAGAAAGGGCCCUGGGUUUAAGUGCAUCAGUUGGGAUUUAGCGUCCAAAUUAUAUGUAGAAGGAAGGUUGUGUUUGAGGCGAAUGUUAAGGAGGUACUUUGAGUCUUAGGACGCGUUGGAGCUAGCGGAGCCAGAGCUGGGUUCAGCAGCUGGGAUUGAGCAUAUGCUGAGUUGGAGCUUCGGAUGAGGAUGCCGACAGCAGGGUGUCAUCUAGUGUGCUGCAGAUAUGGAGGUUGAAUUGGAUGUGGCUUCAGGAGCUGGAAGCAUGCUGGAAGGUGAUGAUUUGAGUCAAGUUCCUGAGAUCCCGUUUGAGGAGGUUGAUGACGAGGAGAUGGCAGCCAUUGAAAGCGCCUUUUUGCACGCCCAGUCUCUUGCUUCGGCUUAUCAUUCUAUAAAGAGUGCCCAAAUCAUCUUCGGCUCGAGUUUGGUUCAUGGUCGUCAGAUUGCCAAUUCUACUUCGGGCCUACUUCUAGCAACAUCAGAUGUGCGGAAAGAAUCCUUUGUCUAUACGGUCACGUCUUCCUUGAGUGCUCAGGAACAGCAUUAUCGAGCGGGCGCCUCUCAAGGGUUUUAUCAUCAAACUGGUUCUUCCCAAAAGUCUGUAGAUGUAUCAAGGUUUUCAGAGGGCGAAGAAUCCGAAUCCCAAUCGGGGAGUCAGUCCACGGUGACAACAGCAGCUGGUGAUUUUUUAGCUGGUGUAGCGAAAAACUCACCAGCUGCUGAAGGAACCAUUUUAUGGUCAACUGAUCCGUCUGAUGCUAUGUUGGUAGGUUCGCAAAGUUCAGUGCCUGUUACCAGGGUAUCUGAAUCUGAAAAUUAUGUAGAUAUAGAAGAUACCGGAGCAUCGGUUUGUACAAAAUCUGAUGACAGUGCAAACGCUUCCAGUUCAAUGUCUUUGCUUCUUAGGCAUCGAUCGAGGAGAGGGCUUUCAGUAACGGACUUUACAGCUUCAGAAUGGUGUGAAAAACAAGUAGAAUUCUCGAUGACGCGAGGAAAGCCCGAAAAGACUCCUGCUAUGAAAGCUGGCAGCGAGAGACAUCUUCAGCUGGAAGUGGAGGUUGUGACUCGAGUCGAGAUUGAGAUCAAAACUAAAGAAGAUGCUUGGGCGACACGGCUCCUUAACUUUAUCAGUGGAUCUCGGCAACUUCUCAGUGAGGGCCUCACACGCGAGCUUCCAGUGCUGGGCCUCUUAUCCGGUACAUGGAUUGUCGGUAUUAUUGAUGAAAUUAGACUAGUUGAGAAAGACGGACAAGAGUAUCCUUUGCUUGUUGAUACAAAAACUCGUAGGAGGAGGACUCCACCAUCUGAACCCCAGAAACGAAAUGCAAGGCUUCAGCUUAUGUCUUAUAAAUAUCUUUGGGAUACCAUGGUUGAAACUGGACUUCCCUUCGAAUCUUUCUUCCAGCACUUCAACCUAAGUCCGCAUCAAAAAUUUUGCUCAGACGUGAGACUCCAUGCCUCCAGCUUUUAUCAAGAUUGUGAGAUCAAGUGCUUACAAGACCUGCUGCCACAGAUUGCAAAUGAGGUUGUGAAUUAUCCUUCAUCAUUAGAUACUCUCUUAUUGAGGUAUGAAUGGCAAGCAGAUCAGUCCUUACUCGGUGAGGAUGAGUUUGAUUUCGAGCACGAUUGGUUAAUGGAUAGGUGGCAAUGGCAUUUGCAGUUUUGGAAAGGACGUAGGCAGGCUUAUGCUGUGCCGGAGGAAGAGACCUGGAAGUGCAGACAUUGUUCGUUUGCAAGCGUUUGCAAACCUGUCAAAUCUCCUCCUCCUCCGGACAAUAUGCUAUCUCAAAGCAGUUAGACAUUAGAUUGCGUGGGCUGAUACCUUUUCAUCAAUGUAUAGAAAUUGGUACAGAGCUUGAAGCUAAAUUCUGUAUACAGUGAACGCUCACGACAUACAAGUUGAGGGAAGCACUGGCUCAGUUUCAGACAUAGUAUAUCAGUUGAAUAAACCAUGUCUGAAAACUGAGCUCCUUUCAACAUCAAAGGAGCCUGUUUAUUGAAAAGGCGUUGAACGUCUAUGUUGAGUCAUAGGUCCAUUCUUUCGAUUUGAAAACCUAUUACCAUUAAUUCAUGAUUCUUCUCUGCUCGAGAAUCCACAGAUCACUAAUAAAGUGAAUUAAGCAUCUUGCCUUUU